UGACGUCACCGCGAGCGCGAGAAGUCGAAGUGAGGAGCAGAAAGCGUUGUUAGUGUUAGUUCUGGCCCGUUUGGACCCAGACUAAAGUGUAUCAGUAUGAAGCAGGCGGAGACGGCGCACUGAUUCACUCUCAGAGCUCGGUUCACUAAUGACCGAAUCACCGAGGAACCGACCAAAGAUAACUCACACCCGCACAGAGAAGAAGAUGAGCUGGAGUGGGGCAAAGAGAACUGCAUUCAGAUCAAACGGAUACAAGAGAGGUGGCCGAGUUGUUUGAGGAUCUGAAGAAUCGAGUGUCACAAUUCAACAUGCACAUCAGCGAAACUUCCUCUGACUACACCAGCGCGCGCACACACACAAAUUCAUAGUGCAGUUUAUUUUGGAUACAGGCAGAGGAAGCUCAGCGAAAGCUUAAGAGACAGAAUGGAGAGGACCCAGGUAAGCUAUUUCUUCAGUGAUUAUAGUCAUAUCUGAAAAUGAUUGGUCAGUUGAAUGCAGAUUGCUGAAGUGUGAGUGUCUGUGUGUGUCGUAGCCCUGCCUCCAUUCUGCCCACUGUUUGCCAGCUUGGGAAACAUUCUGCAGUGUGACGUGCUGCUUGGCAUGCUGGGAGCUGUGCUGCAGUGGGCUAUGGUGCCCAGUGGAGGACACUGGUCUGAGUCCAUGCUGCAGAGGGUAAAUGUUUGGAUGUUUUGUUAAAAUGACAUGAUAGUGUAGUAAAUUCAACAAAAUUCCACUUGCUAUGCUGUGUUCAUGAGCAUCACUUUUUAAUGACUGAGUAGUGUUCACAAUUCUGUAUGUGUGUGUUGCUACAGGUGCUGCACUUGAUAGGCAUGGCUCUGCUGGAGGAGCAGCAACAGCUAGAGAACAUUGGGGAUGACGAUGAAGUUACUUUCAACUUCACCCUCAAAAUCUCCCGUCCCGGGGAAGCCCCCGGCAACACUCCAAGCAUCCUGGCUCUGUUAGAGGCCUUGCAGCGCGCGCUUCACUUGGAAGUGCAUAAAGACAUGAUUCGCUGGAUCCUUAAAGUGAAAUUACAUCUUGAUUAUGUUUGCAAUUUGCCUUACUAUGCGUGCACCUAAUAUAUCCACCAGGUGGCAGCCUAGCAUGUUUUGCAAUUCGCUCACUGAAGGUAGGCACAACAUACAAAAGAUGAGCGUUUUUACCAUGAAGUUUAAAGCAGUGCUGCAUCAUCAAGACCUGUUUGAAAUCCAAGCAGUGCAACACCGCUCAAGGUGGUGUGGCCGGUAGGCAAAGCAGCACCUCUCACCACGGUGAAGCACAAAUGCUUCACUGUCACAAAGCGGUUUUGCUGCUGAUCAUCUGUAGGUGGCCCUAGGGGUGUUUUUGAUGUGGAUUAUUGUGCGUGUUACUUAAAAGCUGUAUGUCAACAUGAAUAUUUAAAUGACAUGUAAGGAUUGCUUACUACACAAACUGAACUUCCAUGCACUGUGAUGUGUGCAUUUUAUUUUCCAUAUAGUGAAAACUGUCAGGAGACCUGCACCAGGCAGAACAUGUACAUAUGAAGGCCAUGGUGUAGGCCAAGGCUAAUGAUGUAUUGUAGUAUGUACUUUGAAGAGAAACAGGCAAAUUAAAUGUUAGUAAAAUUGUAAUGCAUCUUCAGUAUUUAAUGGUAUGGUGUGUGUGUAUAUACUUUUUAGUACACAAGUGUGUUCUAUUGAACAUCUGCUUAGUUUUGCAAGACUUUGUGUGUGCAUAUAGUUCUAACUGCACUGCUGUAUCGUUUUCUUGUAAAAGUAUUUUCCUAAAUUAUGAGUCUUUUUCUACACAGAUGGUGGUUAGCAUUAAAACGAUGCGCGAGUGCACAGCUGCUGCACCUCCCUGUGAAGGAACAGGGCACUGUCACAAGGAGGUCACACUUUGAGCAACUUUCUAUUCCAUGGACAUAUUAACCAUUACCCUUUAAAGUGUUGAAGAGAUUAAAUCUACGUGUGUGUGUGUGUUGCAGACUGUGUGGGACAAAGACAAAGCAGAGAGAAAAAGGAAAGCUGAACUGUGCUGGAAAAAGACCAUGGCUCAAACAUUACAGAGCCAGAGUCAUUUUAUCAAUAAGUACAUAGAUCUGCUCACGCAGGAUUCAGAGGAUCUGGACGCCUCAGCCUCUACAUCAGCAGAGCAUAGCCCCAGUUCAUGUGACGGUGCUCUGGUGUGUGUGGGACCUCGUCGUUGGCGUGCCAGAGGAGGAGAGAGGAGGCAGAUGGAGAUGUGUAUCCUGUGUCACAAAGCGCAGGAGAUCCUACCUGAUGGCACCGCCAUGGUGCUCGCAGCCUUUGUCCAACGCUCUACGGUCAUGUCCGAGAACCGCAAAAGACCCCCUCACAAUCCAGAGAGCUGUGAUCCCCUCUUCAUGUACCCUGACCUGUCCUUUGGUACCCAUACCGGCAGCUGUGGCCACAUCAUGCACUCUCACUGCUGGCAGAGAUACUUUGAGACACUCCAGAGUCAGGAUGCGCAGUGGCUGCAUGAGCAAACCAGUUACGAUGUAGAGAAUGGGGAGUACUUGUGUCCAUUCUGUAAGUGUCGCAGUAACACCGUCAUUCCUCUCCUGCCCCUCACUGAGACCACCUGCAGUUACAGCAAUAGUGAGCAGCCAGGUCUGGCUCAUUGGCUGAAUACAACGUAUACAAGCCAAUCAGAGCCUUGUACUCUGCUCAUGAGAGAGCCAAGCCAACAAAUGCUGGUGAGUCAGAGACUGUGGAGGACUCUCCUCCUCCUGAGAGUUUCAGGCUGGACCACACACCAGUCACGCCUUAUUCAAGCUCCAUAAGGGAGAUGCUGAUGACAUUUGGGACCGAAACUUAUAAAGUUGGGCUUAAGGUGCACCCUAAUGAGCAGGACCCCCGUGUACCUAUCAUGUGCUGGGGCAGCUGUUCUUGCACCAUCCAGUCUAUAGAGAGAUUAUUGGUAGAUGAGGAGAAGCCUUUGUUUGGAAGUUUACCCUGUAGACAGGUAUGACAACCAAACUUAUUGUCAUAUCUCAGCCCAGCCAGGACUCGGUUUCCCGAGAAGCAACACAGUAUUCUACUGUGUUUAUUCGAUAAGUGACUUUGGCCUUUGCUUACGUCCCCGACCACGAUUUCUGUCUUACCCCGUUUGUUUUGUUUGCAUGAUCGCCUGACCCUCGCUUGCUUCUUGACUACGGACUGUGUUCACCCCUCUGGAUUAUUCUGCCUGAACCUGCCGCCCGCUUCUGCUUCUGUAUUCCCCACGGAGACUAUUUGAGUUCCCUGGCUCAGUUUGGCUCUGCGUGCUGGACUGUCUCCUCUCACUCCUCUGUGCAAAAUCACUUCAUGUGACUGUUGGCAGCACUUGUUCUUGCUCCCCAGGUGGAAAGUUCCCCCUGCAUUCUGGAUGUGGACAUGUUCCACUUAGUGGUCAGUGUCUGUGGUUUCUUUGGCUGUAGUCUCUGGCAAGGAAAAACUCCCUAAGAUGUUUUAAGAGGAAGAAACCUUGAGAGGAACCCGACUCAGAAGGGAACCCAUCCUCAUCUGGGUAACAUCAGAUAGUGUGAAAAAGUUCAUUAUGGA